UAGCUGCCUCCAGCUUGCCAAAGUACACGUUUACACGGAGAAAUCACCGAUGCUCUCAGUCCUCCUCCAUGUCUCUCUGCUCAUGGUUGGGCUGUAACUUCACCAGGAGCCCAAGUGGCUGCAGUUGCAAUUAAGGAACCACGCCUGUUACUCUCUAAUUUCCCUGAAUUGCAGUACUUAUAGGACCUGUGUCUGCCUGGAGCUGAGAGAAAGCUGUGUGAAGACCUGCUUCUUCUUUUUUUUUUUCCACAGAGCGUGAUCUCCAUCAGAAGUUUGUUUUUUUAUUGUAUUUAUUAUUUUUUCUUAUUUAUUAUUAUCAACGACCCCUCCAGGGUUGAUUUUCGUUGUGGGUCCGGGAGGCACUCAUCCAGACGCUCUGUCCACGGACGCGCACAGCAAACAACAACAGCCAUGGAGUACCUCAAGUUUUGUUUUGUGUUUUCAUGCUGGGUGAAGUUUGCAAACUCUGUCUUCUCCACCGAUACCCCUCAGGCUCCUGCGCCUAUCCCUAAAGAUAAAUUGCUAGUCUUAACCGUUGCAACACAGGAAACAGAUGGCUUCCUCCGCUUUAUGCAGACUGCAAACUAUUUCAACUACACUGUGAAGGUGUUGGGAAUGGGAGAAGCAUGGAAGGGUGGUGACGUAGGUCGAUCUAUCGGUGGAGGGCAAAAAGUCAGACUACUAAAGGAAGCCAUGGAGGCUCUGGCUGAUCAGGAGGAUCUUGUUGUCCUGACCGUGGAUAGCUAUGAUCUUAUCUUUGCUGGGGGACCAGAGGAGAUUCUCAGGAAGUUCCAACAGGCCAAUCACAAAGUGCUCUUCGCCGCAGAGGGAAUCAUAUGGCCAGAUACACGACUAGCUGACAAGUACCCAACCGUCCGCAGUGGCAAGCGCUACCUCAACUCUGGGGGUAUAAUCGGCUAUGCCCCGUACAUAAACAGAGUAGUUUCACAGUGGAACCUCCACGACAAUGACGACGACCAGCUCUUCUACACUAAAAUAUAUUUGGAUCCCUUACAGAGACAAACACUUAACAUGACUUUGGACCACAAGUGCCAGAUUUUCCAGAACCUGAAUGGGGCAGUUGACGAAGUGCUUCUCAAGUUUGGAACAGACCGCGUGAGAGUCAGAAACACAGCAUAUGACUCUCUGCCAGUGGUCGUCCAUGGCAACGGAAACACCAAAAUGUACUUGAACUACUUGGGAAACUAUGUACCCAAUACAUGGAACUAUGACCACGGGUGCAGCCACUGUGAUGAUGAUGUUGUGGACUUGUCUGAGUUAAAAGAGUAUCCAUAUGUGCUGGUUGGAGUGUUCAUUGAGCAGCCUACUCCGUUUCUUCCCGAAUUCUUCCAGCGGCUGCUGACACUGGAUUAUCCCAAGGAUAAACUGAAAGUUUUUGUGCACAACAAUGAGGUUUACCACGAGAAGCACAUCCAGAAAUUCUGGGAAGCGAACAGGAAUGUGUUCAACACUUUCAAGGUUGUGGGACCAGAAGAGAAUCUGAGCCAAGGAGAGGCCAGGAACAUGGCCAUGGACGAAUGCCGAAAGGAGAGCACAUGCGACUACUACUUCAGCAUAGACGCUGACGUUAUGCUCACCAACAGACAGACUCUGAAGCUCCUCAUCGAGCAAAACAGAAAAAUAAUUGGUCCUCUUGUCACUCGUCACGGCAAGCUGUGGUCCAACUUCUGGGGAGCCUUGAGUCUGGAUGGUUAUUAUGCUCGCUCUGAAGAUUUUGUCGACAUUGUGCAGAGGAAACGCAUGGGCGUGUGGAACAUUCCUUUCAUGGCACAUGUUUACCUUGUCAAGGGCAGCGUCUUGAGGAACGAAAUGAAAGAGAGGAACCUCUUUGUUCUGGAGAAACUGGACCCGGAUAUGGGUUUCUGUAGAAAUGCUAGAGAACUGACCAGUCACAGAGAAAAAGACUCCCCUUCUCCGGAAUCAUUCCAUAUGCUCAGGCCCCCAAAGGGACUCUUCAUGUACAUAACAAACCGCCAUGACUUUGGGAGACUCAUUUCCACGGCCAAUUAUAACACUUCCCAUUACAACAGCGACUUGUGGCAGAUAUAUGAAAACCCUGUGGACUGGAAGGAGAAAUACAUCAACGAAAACUACACUCGAAUUUUUACAGAAAACUACCUGGAGGAGCCCUGUCCAGAUGUUUUCUGGUUCCCAGUGUUCUCAGAGACGGCCUGUGAUGAAAUAGUGGAGGAGAUGGAGCACUACGGUUCAUGGUCUGGAGGCAGACAUGAGGACCGACGGAUUGCCGGCGGCUACGAGACCGUACCCACAGAUGACAUCCACAUGAAGCAAAUCGGGUUCGAUAAAGAGUGGCUACACUUCAUCCGGGAGUUCAUAUCACCUGUCACGCUAAAGGUUUUCUCUGGCUACUACACCAAGGGUUACGCUGUGAUGAACUUUGUGGUAAAAUACACGCCUGGGAGGCAGUCAUACUUGAGGCCCCACCACGACUCCUCGACUUUCACCAUCAACAUCGCCCUCAAUAAUAAAGACUCAGAUUUCCAGGGCGGGGGCUGCCGCUUCCACAGGUAUAACUGCUCCAUAGAGUCGCCGAGGAAAGGCUGGAGCUUCAUGCAUCCAGGGCGGCUGACUCAUCUCCACGAAGGCCUGCCCACCACCAACGGCACCCGCUACAUCGCCGUGUCCUUCAUCGACCCUUGAACCCUCCGACGAUACUGUAAAUUAGUCUUUUGACUUGGCUUUGCUUUUUUCUUGUUUUUGUGCCCCAGAUGUUUUGCCUGAUGCGAUUCUUUCUUAAAGGAGUAUUGCAUUGAAAAAGAUCUCUGUCAAACAGAGUGUAGAGUAAAAAACUAUUCACACACUAAAAUACACAAAUGACUAAAAUGCUAGCAAGGUAAAGUACUUCACUUUCAGAUAUUUGGAUUUCGAUUGAAAACCAUGACCGUAGUAGAACUUACAGGAACUGUAUCAUGACCUUUAUGCACAAACACACACUGGUGCCUUUCCUUGCAAUUAGCUGUGCAAUCAGAAAGCUAUUUCUGUUUCAGGUAAAGCCGUAGCAAAAAAUGCAUUUAUACUGUAAAAAAAAACAAAACAAAAAAUACUCGACAUUGUUUCAACAAUUACUACUGGUGCUUAUCAUCAUCAUGUUUCUGCAUUUACACUUUAAGUUAUCAAUCUUUGGGGUGUGAGUUGAGGUGAUUUUGUCGUCACCUAAAAACAUAUGCAUGUGUGAUUUUACUUCCAAGUUGGAUUUGUGCCCAGUGAAAAAUAAGUAUAUUUUUGUAAUUUUGCACAGAAGGAAAAAAUAAAUAAAUAACAAAAGCAGCGGAACUCAA